AUGUUCCAACCAUUGGUACUUAGAUCGAUCUUGAGGAGAUCAUUUGUUUGUCGAUUAUCUUCAACUGAUGCGGUCGAUAGUCUACCGUCUUCUUCUGAAAGUGCUUUUGACAAUUCUGAGGACAGGAAAGAGAUAAAAAAACUUGUCAUCCCUGGUUUAACAGAUUUUAAAUCUAAUCAAACUGAAGUUUAUUAUCCGAAGUUCUCAGAGAUUCAUGAACAUAAGGUUGAGAAUGAUGACUGGUCGAACGUGUGGCCAUGUGAAAAUUUCUUCUCUCCUUAUAUAUUUCCGGCCCCCAUUCGUCAGGGUCACAGCAAGAAUUUGGUCGAAAAUGGUGGUCUACCUCCAGCAAAAUAUGCUAACGCAGAGCUUCUUAAAAUCCAAAAUUUCCUUCACCUUACUCCCUCCCAUAUUGAGCAGCACUGUCAGGCUCUCAAAAAGUUCCUCACUAAGUGGCCAAGUGGACUUAAAACUGAUGCAGAUAUAAAUCGUCACUAUCCUCUUGAAGUUAUUACUCAGUCCUUUACCAACAGUGCCCCAUCAAUUCACGAUACCCGAGCGCGGCGUGUAACAAUUAGGGUUCAACUGAAAAGUCUAGGGUUAGAUGAACGAGCUAAACUUAAGCUGCUGCGAUUGGCAAAAGUGUAUGGUUUCGAACGAGGAAUGGCUCAGUACUACUCAUCUGAAGAUGUUCUCGAGUUAUCUUCAGAUAGAUGUCCUGUUUCAAAUCAGAAUUAUGAUUACCUGAAUUAUGUCCUCACAGUUCUAACUAUGGAAUCCAAGAAACAUGAGGCCUGGGAGGAUGGAGAAACUGGUAGUUACUUGGAUUUCAAGUGGGAACGUUCUCAGCAACGUAAGCGCGUUUUGGAUCUUUUUGCUGGGGAAACAGAUCCUUCUCGGGUUGAGGAACUGCCAGCCGUGAAAGCUUACCGGGCCGCUCUAGAAGCAAUGUUCAAGACUCCAACUGAGGAGAACACAGGUCCCUGGAAGAAACCGAAGAAGCAGCCCAAGAUUCGUCACUAUCACUGGCCGGAAAUCAAGGAUGUUGCUUUCGAACCGGUCGUUGGUGCCGACGUGGCUGAAAACCUAGAGGCCUAUGCAGAAGCUGUGAAAAAAUUGUAUACUGAAGGAAAAUCUUCUGCUUAA